UCAAGGGCUCUCAAACUACAACUAUCGAGAAAAUGGCAACAGCAAGGAGAACUAUACAUUCGACAGAGUGGUUAAUUGGAGAUGCGGCCAGAAAAUACUCGGUGCAAUGGGAUGAAAUCUCAAUAGUUAGCCGUCCAGAAAGGAUCUCACCAUGGGAAAUUGAGCCAUUUGUGGCUCUAGUUUCAUUGAAUCCUUUGCCUGCAGUGCAGAGCAAGCGACCUAGAGCGAAUACACUUCCAGUGUCUCCAGAUUUUUCAAUUCUGGGUUCAAGUCAGGCCUCUAGUGAUUCUAUGCAGGUUCCUACUUUUACUAGGGUCUUGCAAGGUCAAGAGGCAAGGACCUUGGGAUCUGGUGACAAUGAUGCAGAAAACACCCACAGUUCAAUGAUGUGGAGAUCCAAAUUGGAAGACCAACAGACGAUCUAGCAGUAAGAAGGGUGGGAUCUGAAUCUUGGUUGCACUUGCUGAAGAACCUAUUGCACUUUGCUGAUGGCUUUUCUGGUCUUCAGGGUACAGGUGAGGUAUUAGAGUAAUGGGAUUUUUUUCUACAAUAUUUUUUUAAAUUCUUUAAUUCAUGUAAAUUUGUUUAAGUCAAAUUUUUGAAGAUAAUCCAUCAUAUUUACCUCUUCAUUCAUUUAAUUAAAUUUGAUUUAAAAUAUUUUUUUAAAAAUAGAUUAUAAAUUAUGAAUUUAUCAUUUUCUUUGUUCAGUUGAUUUUUCCUUCUGCAUCAUUCUUUUAGAUACUUAAUACAAUCUAGGUUUGGGUAAAAAAUAGGGCUUUUACAAUUGUUGUCUUAAUUUUUUUAUAAUACUUCUAAUUCAUUUUGAUCAAUCUAAUUUUCAAUUGUCUGAUCCACCUUCUACCCACUAUAACAGACACCAUAAAAUUUGAUAGAAAUAAAUAAAAAUAAAUAAAUACUUAGUACAAUCUAGGCUGGGUAAUAAUGAGACUUAAUUUUGACAUUAUCUUUGACAUUUUCCAUACUUUCCUAAUUCCUAAAUUAUUUCAUCUACAAUUUGAAUUUAAAUUUUCUCAACAUUUUAUUUAUUUAAUUAAAUCUUAAAAAUUAACCUAAUUCUUUUACCCAUGAAUUUGUAUGAUCCACAAAGGUCAACAUUUCUCAUCAUGUUCUGAAUCUCACUUUAAAAAGUCUUAACAGAGCAGAUAAGUUAAGUCACUAUUACAUCUACAGUUUCAUAAAGUUUGAGAGUCUGUAUCAGUCUUCAACCCAAAAGUCCAUAUGAAACAUGCUUCACCAAAUGUUUUUAUUCUUUUGAGCAACUCUAUUGUUGAUUUUGGAUUUCAAACCUCUGGUAGCUUUCUUCUACUUAGUUUUCCAUAUCUACAUGGAUUGCAUAAUUCAGAUCCACAGUUUGACUGAGGUUUGAUUGAGUAUAAGUUUGUAGGUGUCCUAAACCAUAGAAGUUAUUCCAAACUCCUAAUAAGCCUCGAGUAAGUGUAGAAUGUAGUUAUGAUCUCACAGCUAAGAAGUCUAAUCCACUUAAUGAUGAGCUGAAGUCCAGUUAUUUAAUUAAAGUUUAUGGUCAGUCAUUUAUGAACUGUUUGUUGGACAGUAUAUUUGUCUGUAUUGUUAAUUUGGGCAGCAUUGGUAUGGUUUGUUUAUAUGUUUAUUGUUGGUCUGCAAUAUGUAUUUUGGAGGUCUUUGUAUUCUGUAAUCCUUAAUACAGUUAAGAAGUUUAUGAUUUUCAAGGAAAAUUACAUAAAUUGAGGCUAGUCUUCACAAGUUACAUCUUUCGACAAAGGCUAUCAAUCCCCUUGCCAUGCCACUAACACUGAACACUAAGUCUGCAGAGUAAUUCCUAGAGUCCAGAGUAAGGAUCUCAAUUGUUAUUGUGGUCUUAAGUUUACAGUUGCACUCAAUUUUCAUCCCCAGUUUUUGCCUUGCUUUCCUUUUUCUAGUUCAAAUUCUGUUUUGGGUUGUUCCUGGAAAAUAUUUUUCAAUUAUGUUUUCAAAUACUUCAUUGUUCACCAUUUCCAUGGCUUCCCCAUUCCUUUAGACAAGAAUUGUAAAUGUGUUCGGCUUUGUAUAUUAACAGCUGACACAUAGAAGUGUUAUUUUAGAGUUCCAUUUGUUGAUUAAAUAUAUCUUAAAUUUUUUUAUUAAAUAGAUUUAUAAUCUGAUUAUUUAAAGGUUUUAGUGCAUCUAAAAGAUUCUGCAACAUUGAGUAAAUAUUCAUAUAUUUCCAUUAAAAUUAUUUAUUGAAUUUUUUUAUGUUAGUUUUAUUUUAAUAAUAGUAUAUUUAAUUGUUGUAUAUUCUAUUGAUAGAGAAAUUAAUAUAAAUUUAAACCAUGUUUGAUGUUGAGUGUUUGACAUGAUGGUUCAGAAAUGUUUGAAAUCUUGUAAUUGACUAUAAUGUAAUAUUUGAUAUCUAAAACUGGAGCAAAUGUUGCUUAAUCAAUUGUUGAAAUGGGCCUUCUUCAAAAUGUAAUCUAUAAAUUGAAAUGUUUGAAAUCAAUCGAUGAAAUGUUUAAAAUCUUGUAAUGGACUGUAAUGUAAUAUUUGAUAUCUAAAACUGGAGAAAAUGUUGUUUAAUCAAUUGUUGAAAUGGGUCUUCCGUCUUCUUCAAAAUGUAAUUUGUAAAUUGAAAUGUUUGAAAUCAAUUGUUGAAAUGUUUGAAAUCUUGUAAUGAACUGUAAUGUAAUAUUUGAUAUCUAAAACUGGAGAAAAUGUUCCUUUUAAAUCAA